AUGGAAAUUCACACUGAUAAGCCUUACAUGUGCCCUCAGUGUGGAAAUAGUUUCAAACAGAGAGGACACCUUAAAGACCACAUAAGAAUUCACACUGGAGAGAAACCUUUCACCUGCGAACAUUGUGGAAAAAGUUUCACCCGAAAAGGAAUCCUUAACAAGCACAUGCAAACUCACACUGGAGAGAAGCCUUAUACAUACUCUCAGUGUGGAAAGACAAUCCACAAGAGAGUUUACACUGGAGAGACCCCUUUCACCUGUCAACAGUGUGGGAAAAGUUUCAACCAAAAAGGAAACCUAAAUUACCACAUGAAAAUUCACUCUGGAGUAUUAGCGCAAUAA